AUGGCAAUUUCGUUAUCUGAUAGACAAAGUAUUACAGCACGGGAACAAAGUGAAAGCAAACAUUCAAUUGCCAUGACUAUGGUAGACGCUUCCUCCCCCGAGAACGUUGCUUUAAAGGCCCGGGCUGGAACCACGGCCACGGUGGGGCUUUCCAAAGAUCUCUGUGUUCCCCUAACAAUCAAGAUUGGUUAUCUUCAGGCGGUAAACCCCGGCAAAUCUUCAAGCAUGUUACAUCCUUCAUCAGAAAAGUAUUACAAUCCUACUAUAUUCAAGAAAUUUUCAGGAAUAUCCAACAAUUCUGAACUAUUUGUGACUUUGCAAGUCUUUGAUGGCCCUAGUAAUAAUCCGACCACAGUCCCUAUCCAGACUCGUCACCAGGUGUUCACAAACAAUAAACGGAUAUGGAACCAAUAUAUAAAGCUACCCAUUAACUAUAAUCAGCUUACGUUUGACUCGUACGUUCGGGUGAUCAUUUGGGAAAUUGUGGACACCGAGGCAGUCGUAUUUGGUUACGGAUAUGUCUCGUUGUUUAAUAGAGAUGAUUCCACUUUACGAAGUGGGUCACAAAAAUUAAGAAUUCAAUACCACGAUUCUAAUGAAGUUAUAUAUGGAUCGUAUUCAGAUCUCACGUUCUUGGAAAAGAAACUUAUUGCUUACGAAAAGGGUGAAUUUAAUCAUGUUCCUUGGUUGGAUGAACUAGUUCUCCCGAAAGUGGAAGAACAAAGAAUCUCAGAAAGGAAAAAGAAACAAAUAUAUGACAUUCCUGGAGAUUGUCCAUUUCAUCUUUACAUUGAGUUCCCUAAUUUUGAUAUGCCAGUUAUAUACUCUGAUAUUACGUACAAGACAUCUCCGUUGUUACUGUCUGUACAACAAGUUAACAAUAAUUCCUCAACCUCUUCACAUCUGGCCUCCAAUGUUUUGAAGGUGACCGACAUUAACAAUACCAGUACCUUGAUAAACUCAAUUGAAAUUCCAAUGUCUAAACUGACACGGGCAAACAUCAUGAAGGUGUUUGAUCCAGACUUCCAAUUCAUAAACAUUAACGCUGGGGGUGUCAAUAAUCUAGCACCCAGUAACAAUGUGACUCAAACCUUGGAUCCAGUAGAAAUGAAAUAUCAUAAACUAGAAAGAAAUAUCAAUAACAAUUCAUUGUUAGAUAAAGAAUUGAAACCAUCACCUCAAAUUAGAGAUGAAUUGAUGAGAAUUCUUGAUAAACCUUCAAACAUUGAACUUUCUGAUGCAGAAAAGAAUUUGAUUUGGAAGUUCCGUUAUUAUUUCUCCAAGAACAAUCUUACUGCUAUUAUCCGCGACGGUAGAACAAACGAAUCCCGAGAACAUGAACAACCAGCACCACCAACGGCAACCACAACUGUUAAAAGUUCUAAGAAUUUCUUGACCAAGUUUUUGAAGUCUAUCAAUUGGGAUAAUGACUAUGAAUUAGGUCACGUUUUCAAUGAACUUAUCCCAACGUAUUGGUCGGUUGAUAAAAUACAAAUUGGUGAUGCACUUGAGUUAUUAGGAAGUUAUUUCAAUCCAUUUACUCUCAGUUCAGAUACUUCAAAGUCCAAUGCAUAUUCAUCAUCUGAUAUUUCUAAACCAGAUGAGUCGAGACCUCAAAAAAUCUUUACCCAUGUUUUAUUUUUAAGAAAGUUUGCAGUUGAUAGGUUGAAAUUGGCCAAUGCAGAUGAAUUAUUAUUAUAUUUGCUUCAACUUGUACAGGCCCUCAAGUAUGAAGCAAUGAUAUUUGAUAAUGGAUUGUACACGGCAUCUCAAGAUAGAGGUAAAAAUGUCUAUAAUAUCUUAAAAUCUCCCUUAGCAUCGUUUUUAAUUGAAAAAUCAAUUGGAGAUGAAACUUUGGGGAAUUAUUUCUAUUGGUAUGUUAAAGUGGAAAAUGAAGAUCAGUUGAACAAUCCAAAUGAUAAACGACUGAUUAUUUAUUCACUGGUGCUUAACACAUACAUUGAAAGUCUUAAAAAGAAUUCAGAAGUAAAGAGGCUAUCAAAUUAUAAACAUUUGAAACGACAAAUUUGGUUCAUAAAGAAACUCACUACAUUGGUGGAAUUGUUAAGAAGUACAUUUAAAAAGAAUGAGGCAACGGUUAAAAAGGUUCAAUUCUUAAGAGACCAUCUCGCUGACUCAACCAAUGAAUUCUCUAAAUUCCCUGAACCUUUCCCAUUACCAUUGGAUCCAAGUGUGAUUGUUUGUGGAUGUUAUGCAGAAGAAUCGACAGUGUUCAAAAGUUCUUUAGCUCCAUUGAAAAUCACUCUCAAGACAAUUCUUAAUUAUAAAGAGGUGCAUAAGGGAUCUAAAUUCACGAAAAAGGCUUAUAAAUAUGGUAAAUACCCGUUAAUGUUCAAGAUUGGUGAUGACUUGAGACAAGAUCAAUUGGUGAUCCAAAUUAUUAAUCUUAUGGAUCAAUUACUAAAGAAUGAAAAUCUUGAUUUAAGAUUGACACCGUAUAGAAUUUUAGCUACAAGUCCUAUUGCCGGGUUAAUUAAAUUCAUUCCAAAUGAAACAUUGGAUUCAGUUCUUUCUAAGACAUAUCCUGAAGAUGUAUCAGAAAUUGGAGUUUCUAAUCCAAAUGGAAUUUUACAUUAUUUAAGACAACAUACCCAUGACCCGUUACCUCACGAUGAAGAGGAAGAGGACAUCGAAGCAACCACAAUUCGAGAUGUAGUUUCAACUGUUUCUAACUCAUCCAUUGCUGCUCAUGUGGAAGAACACGCAAUAACUUUGGAUUUAGGAGUAUCCUCACAAAUAAUGGAUAAUUAUGUGAAAUCAUGUGCUGGAUAUUGUGUCAUUACUUAUUUACUUGGGGUUGGUGAUAGACAUCUUGACAAUUUACUCUUAUCACCAAAUGGGAAAUUCUGGCAUGCAGACUUUGGAUACAUUCUUGGUAGAGAUCCUAAACCAUUCCCACCCUUAAUGAAGCUACCCAUUCAAGUGAUUGAUGGGAUGGGGGGUUUAAAUCAUGAAAAUUUCAACAUAUUCCGAAACUAUUGCUUUAUAACAUAUACAACGUUAAGAAAGAAUAGCAAUUUGAUCUUGAAUUUAUUCCUAUUGAUGCUUGAUGCAAAUAUUCCAGAUAUUAAAAUAGAUCCUCAAAGAGCAAUUGAGAAAGUGGAAGAGAAAUUUUGUUUAGAGAUGAGUGAAGAAGAAGCCAUUUUACAUUUCCAAAAUUUGAUUAAUGAUAGUGUUAAUGCAUUCUUGCCUGUGGUUAUUGAUAGGUUGCACAGUUUGGCGCAGUAUUGGAGGGCAUAGUAUAGUCCUUUAUAUCUAAAUAAAUAUAAAAGUGAAUUCAGAGAAUUACUUAUUGUUUGA